ACGUCGCAGCACUUCUCUCAUUGUGCCUUGUAAAUGAAUUUAAUGAACCAUCUGGAAGCCGUUCCAAUAGCCGAGAGUCAUUUAAAUGACACUUUAAUAAUGAGUAAAAGUGUACUUUAAGAUGUCACCAACCAGCUUAAUGUCAAGUUUCUUGACAUCCCAAGAACAAUUGAAUUAAAGUAUUUUAAUCUCAAGCAAAAUUUUUUAACACAUUUCGUGCGAAAAAUACAUCAGCUGCUAACGUAAUUGUUUCUUAUUGCAAGAAACGUAUUCUCUUUAUAUUUGUCGCGAAUAUACUCUAUGGGUCGCAGUAAAUAGCCCCCACUUUCGUUCGUUUCCUCGUAUAUAAGAAGUUCUUAUCGAGGCAUCGUUGGCCACAAACCAAUCUCCCGGUCACGACAGAGUUUCGAAUAAUCAAAGUACAUAUAACUUGUGACAACGAUGGCAACUGUGAAGUUCAAAGAGAUGUCUCCGUAUCUCAAAUCGAAGCGUUUACCACCUGCGGAAGAUCAUAUCUACAACAAGUACUUAGAAAACCUCAACCUAAAAACAGAUAACCGGGAGGAUCCGACACUUAAAGUGGCUCUAUUCGGCGUAGGUCGAGCCGGGACGAUACAUUUAACGAAUAUAGUUUCUAAUAGACGUGUCCAGCUUUUAUACAUUGUUGAUGAUAUCGAGAGCAACUGGCAAAGUAUACGAAAGUACUGGCGUCUGGACAACGUUACCUUUCUAAGUAGCAAGCAAUCUGACAAGAUAUUCAAAGAUCCCAACGUUGACGCAGUUGUCGUGGCGUCGCCGACCUUCACGCACGAGGACAUUGUUAUUAAAGCUCUGGAAGCGAAAAAGGCGGUCUUCUGCGAGAAGCCCAUAGCGGAGAAUAUCUCAGACAUCGUCAAAUGCUACGAGAUAGCCAAGAAAGUCGGCAGGCCGCUGUUGUGCGCGUUCAACCGACGAUUCGAUCCCAGUUACUCGAAUGUACGAGAUCGAGUUCGCAACGGGGAGGUCGGGCACGUUCAUAUGAUUAAAACGAUCUCUCGUGACUCUCCCCUGCCCAGUGUAGAGUACUUGAAAUCGUCCGGCGGAAUUUUCCACGACUGCCUGGUCCAUGAUAUCGAUAUGAUUACCUGGAUUCUCGGUGAAUAUCCGGACAAGAUUUCGGUCCUGGCUGACGCGAACGUCCCGGAGAUCAAGGCGAUAGGGGACUUCGACACGGUUGCCGUGACCAUGCACUUUCCGUCAGGGACUCUUGGUAUGAUCGAUUUGUCGCGCAACAGCACGUUCGGAUACGAUCAACGUCUGGAGGCCUUCGGUCCGCGAGGCAUGGUGCAGGCUGACAACGAACAGCCGAACUCCGUUCAUCGGCAGUACGACCUGCAGGGUCUGACCACCGCCCCGAUCUUGUAUUCGUUCGCCAGCCGCUUCGAGAACGCUUACCGAAGCGAGUUCGAGCACUUCCUCGAUGUGGUGCAUGGUAAGGCCGAGUCGCUGGUCAAAUCUAGGGAGAUCCUGGCGGUAUGCAAGAUUGCUACGGCCUGCGAGGAGUCCGCUCGCACAGGGAAAAUUGUGAAUCUCAAGUGGAUGGACAUCGAAUUACCUGAUAAUGAGGGAACAUGAUAACUGUUAUCUUUUUGCUACCGUUUUUGUAAGUUACAAAUAAAAUUGAGCGGAAACAGUGACGAAGCUUUAGAUGACAGGCUCUCCAAUCAUAUGCUUCAAAGUUGCCCAAGUAUCGCAUAUAAGGUGAGACUGAAAUAUUAUUCGUUUGAAAUUUAUAUGCGUUCUUCUUCUCUUACCGAGAAUGCGGUAUCUGAAAGCUAAAAUACAGUAAUAAAUGUCAUUAAAUGUGAA